GGUGACUUGCUGCCGGCGGAUGGAAUAAUUAUUCAAUGCAAUGACCUAAAAGUUGACGAAAGCUCGUUGACGGGCGAGUCUGACCAUGUCAAGAAAGGCGAACAAACUGACCCUAUGUUAUUAUCCGGCACCCACGUAAUGGAGGGUAGCGGCAAAAUGUUGGUGACAGCAAUUGGUGUCAAUUCACAAGCGGGUAUCAUAUUCGCACUGCUUGGAGCAGCCGGCGAGGGUGACGAUGAAGAUGCUGCAGCUGCUUCAGCUGCCUCAGCUAAACACAACAACAGCAACAACAACAAAGCCAAUAGCGAGAAAGGCGCCAAAGAAUUUGUAUCCAAUCACAGUAACGUCGGAAACAUAGACAACAAAGCAAAUAACCCAGAACUGGCACAUGAAUCGAGCAGAAAAGAGAAGUCUGUCCUUCAAGCUAAGCUGACUAAACUAGCCAUUCAAAUAGGAUAUGCUGGCACAGUGGUUGCAGUACUAACUGUUCUGAUCCUAAUUCUCCGAUUCUCAAUUGAAACAUUCGCUUUCCAGAAGAAACCAUGGAAGCACGAAUACAUCCAGCAAUUUGUCAAGUUCUUCAUCAUCGGAGUGACUGUCCUAGUGGUGGCAGUCCCUGAGGGCUUGCCACUGGCCGUCACGUUGGCGUUGGCCUACUCUGUUAGGAAAAUGAUGCAUGAUAAUAAUCUUGUGAGGCACUUGGACGCUUGUGAGACCAUGGGCAACGCUACUGCAAUCUGCUCUGAUAAAACAGGGACGCUAACAACCAAUCGUAUGACUGUUGUUCAGAGCUACAUUGCUGGUUGGUUGGUUGGUCAGUUGGCUCCGGAAAACAAGGGUGACCUUCCAAAACAAGUGGGUAACAAAACUGAGUGCGCCCUGCUGGGGUUCAUUCAGGACCUGGGUCAAAAUUACGAGGCGGUCCGUGAGGAGAUGCCCGAGGAGAAGAUCCACAAGGUCUACACCUUCAACAGCGUUAGGAAAUCAAUGAGUACCGUCAUUCCGCGGGUCGAUGGGGGGUACCACUUGCUUACGAAGGGGGCGUCCGAGAUUGUUCUGAAGAAAUGCAAUUGGAUACACGGGAGAGACGGGGAGGUGCGUAAGUUCCUGCAGCAGGACCAGCAGGCCAUGGUGAGGAAUGUCAUCGAACCGAUGGCUUGCGAUGGUCUCAGAACCAUUUGCCUCGCCUAUAAGGAUUUUGUCCCUAAAGUAGCAGGCGGAAACGAGGAGCAGAUAGAUGGGGAGCCAGAUUGGGAUAAUGAGGACGUCAUCGUCAGCAACCUCACGUGCGUCUGCAUCGUCGGCAUCGAAGAUCCUGUCAGGCCUGAGGUGGUCCCAGAUGCUAUCCGGAAAUGCCAGCGAUCCGGAAUAACGGUACGUAUGGUAACCGGUGAUAACCUAAACACCGCACGGUCCAUAGCACUGAAAUGUGGCAUCCUGAAGCCUGGAGAGGACUAUAUCGUCAUUGAUGGCAAAGAAUUCAAUAGGAGGAUCAGGGAAUCUCCGGAUGGCCCGGUCAAGCCGGAGUUGUUCGAUAAGGUCUGGCCGAAGUUGAGGGUGCUGGCUAGGUCGUCGCCUCAAGACAAGCACACCCUUGUCAAAGGCAUAAUAGAAAGUAGGCUAAACAGUAACAGGGAAGUUGUCGCCGUGACAGGGGAUGGUACAAAUGAUGGCCCGGCUCUCAAAAAGGCUGAUGUUGGAUUCGCGAUGGGCAUAGCGGGCACAGACGUAGCAAAAGAGGCGUCAGACAUCAUCUUGACCGACGACAACUUCACGUCCAUUGUCAAGGCGGUCAUGUGGGGGAGGAACGUCUAUGACAGCAUCGCCAAGUUUCUCCAGUUUCAACUCACAGUCAACAUUGUGGCCGUUAUCGUCGCGUUUCUCGGCGCCUGCGCCAUUAAGGACUCUCCAUUAAAAGCCAUCCAAAUGUUGUGGGUCAACUUGAUCAUGGACACCCUGGCCUCCCUGGCCUUGGCCACCGAACUGCCCUCCGAAGAACUUUUGGACCGCAAGCCCUACGGUAGGAAGAAGCCUCUGGUGUCAAGGACGAUGAUGAAGAACAUUGCGGGACAUGCCGUCUACCAGCUGACCGUUGUCUUCGUUAUCCUCUUCGCUGGCGACAUUAUCUUUGACAUAGACAGUGGCAGAGAGUCGACGCUGCACUCGUCACCAUCGCAGCACUUUACCAUCAUCUUCAACACGUUCGUCAUGAUGACUCUCUUCAAUGAAAUCAACGCCAGGAAGAUUCAUGGGCAGAGAAACGUCAUCAUAGUAGAAUUUGGCGGGAAAGCAUUCUCAACGGCCAGCUUGACGCUGGAGCAGUGGUUCUGGUGUCUGCUGCUGGGCGCUGGCGAGCUUGUCUGGGGACAGGUAAUCACCACGAUUCCUACCCACCCCUUCCCAAAGAAACCAAAAACACCGGAAAUAGAGAUGUACGAAAGGCAAGCGGAAGCGGAAGAAGAAGCGGUUGAUGACAUCACACCCCGUGGACAAAUUCUUUGGAUUAGAGGGUUAACCAGACUGCAGCAUCAGGUUUUUAUAAUUUUUUUAACGAUUGAUUUAUUUUUUCUAUUUCAAAAACGCUUUUUUUCAUCUAUGUUUCCUAAAUGA